UUUAAGGUCAGAGGAGGUAGCAUGAGACGGCAGCUACCCCAUUCCAUGUGUCCAGGAAAGUGAAUGAAGCAGUCUCUGGGGGAGAGGAAGUUGGUUCUAGGGACCAAUUAAUGACUGUGAGGGGAAAGCUAGAGGAAAACCCAGACCACUGUUCCUUUAAGAGCCCCAGGACCCUAAUCCUUAUACAGUGGGUGGGACAAGACUCACCUAUCGCCGAGGCAACACAAACAGGUGUUUGGGAUUAUUAGACCCACCUGGGAAAGAUUAAGUAUCCGUCAGGUGGCUGGGCAGGUAAUUUAAAAGAAGACUCCAAGCUCAGUCAAGCCGUGGCUUGAGGAAGCUGUGGUUGGGAGCCUAGGAAGAGCAAGUAUGCAGCUAGCCCCCAGCCCUGGGAGGACGACUGUAAAACCCUGAUCUAAAGGGGUAAGAACAGUAGGGUUGCUGGGACCCUGAAAGGAACUCUAACAAACCCACAGCUGCGGAGGAGUCUCAGACCUCAUCUCUACCCUACAUAUCCCUGUGAUCACAUAGGCUUUAUGAGUGUGUAACAGGCCUGAAGAAGUUUGUGGUGCUAAGAGCUUUUUUACCACUCUCCCGCACCCCCAGCUGUUCUGGUUGUGAAGAAAACCUCUCAAAUGGAAAUGGAAUGUAGCUGUGCAAAGAUGUCAAGCAUACUACUGCUGGAUCAAGCUACUGGCCAGGCUUCCAAGUUCAAAGCCAGAAAGCACAGUAAACGUCGAGUGAAAGAAGGUGCACUAGUGUCACAGAGAACUGAGUCUGACCCAGAAAAGGAUGGUGAUCUAAAGACUCAGAUUGACAAGCUGUGGCAAGAAGUAAACUCCCUGAAAGAAAUGCAGGCACUUCAGACAGUCUGUCUUCGUGGAACAAAGAUCCAUAGGAAGUGCUACCUGGCAUCUGAAGGUGCCAAGCAUUUCCAUGAAGCCAAUGAAGACUGCAUAGCCAAGGGAGGGACACUGGCUAUCCCCAGAGACAAUGAUGAAACCAGCUCCCUUCGAGACUAUGGCAAGAAAAGUCUGCCAGGGAUUGCAGACUUUUGGCUGGGUAUCACCGAUAUGGUAAACGAAGGGAAAUUUGUUGAUGUCAAUGGGAUGGCUCUAAACUAUUUCAACUGGGAUCGCUCCCAACCAAAUGGGGGAAAGCAUGAAAACUGUGUCUUGUUUUCCCAGUCAUCUCAAGGCAAGUGGGGGGAUGAAGUCUGCCGUACUGUCAAAAGAUAUAUUUGUGAAUUUCUAAUCCCAUAAUUCCAUUCCCAUUAGCUGAACCAAUAUUUAGUUAUUAAUGUGCAGGUUUUGCAUGUUAGUAGUUCCUCCUACUUACAGUGGUGAAUUGAAAAUACUUAUUAAAAUGCACAUCUCCCACAAUACACAAACCUUGCCCUAAGGCAGGAAUUUUCUUUAUUAAUUUAUUUUCCAUUCAACUGCUAAAAAGGUUGUGUUUAGUGAGGUCUCUCACCAUGCAACUGUCACAUAUGCUGUACGUUUUGUUUUGAGAUGUAUUGCAUCAUAUUUUGCCAUAUUCUCACAGUCCGAUGUUCAUGUUAUCAACAUCAUAAAGUCAAAAUCCAUCUUUCAAACCCACACUACAUAUCUCUAUAGAUUAGUGUUUGCUCGAACCCCCUCCAGAACUCCGGUUAAUAUUUAUGAAAGUUCCAUACAUAGAACAUUCACUAGAGAGUGAAGUUUGCCAGCAUGAGGCUAUGGAAGCAUAAGUAGAACUUUAGUGGUGUAUAAACCGCUGAAAAUGGAUGGAAUUCAUCUGCUGGAGCUCAACAAUGUAGCUCUGAGAUAAGAUUUUGAUCUAAAGGAAGAAAAAAAUGAAUAGAAGCUGAUGUUAUUCUGAAAGAUUAUGGAGUUAAAAAUGACACAUUCCUAGAAAGUGGGGGAAAUAUUCCCACUAGCGAUCGAGACAUCAUGAAACGCCAGCUGUGGAAAUCUUUUGUAUGUACUUGUCAUUUGGAAAACAUUGUCUUUGUGUUUCUGCCCUGACUUGUUUACAUGCAAAUUCCAGUUAAACACCUGAUGUUUGGAAGUGGAGGAAUUACACUGUUUAUUUUGUGCUAUUCUUAAUCUUUCAAAAGAACUGUAAAUAAGUCCUAUACGUAUAGAGAAAUGGAAAUGAUAGAAAAAAAGAAGCCAGCCAUAUACUUUGCUUUGCAUCACCCAAGUAUGCUUUAUCUUAGCGGUAUAUACAAUGCAGUUUGCAAAUAACCUCUUGCAUCCUAGAACCUGAAUUCUGUUACUCGGAGGCCAACUCUUAGUUUUCCUUUUAAUUAUACAAUACAUUUUAAUUGCUAAUAAA